AUGUUGAGGUGUCGACAGUCUCUGUUUAAAGGAUCUUUUUGUCUUCGGAGGACUUUAGCUACUGCUUCAUGGUCGCCGCACCUGGCAACGAAGUACCCAGUGGGUCAGGCGUUGCACGGAUACGAGAUCAAGAGGGUAUUGCCCGUUCCAGAAUGGAGGUUGGUUGCCGUGGAUUUGGUCCAUGGGCAAACUGGAGCGCAACAUUUGCACUUAGAUAGGGCCGACAACAAUAACGUGUUCAGUAUUGGGUUUAGAACGCUGCCGCCGGACUCUACAGGUGUUCCGCAUAUUUUGGAGCAUACGACUCUGUGUGGGUCAGUGAAGUACCCUGUACAUGACCCCUUCUUCAAGAUGUUGAACAAAUCUCUCGCAAACUUUAUGAACGCAAUGACGGGUCCACAUUACACUUUCUUCCCCUUCGCGACGACUAACGGUAGGGAUUUUGCUAAUCUGAGGGACGUUUACUUGGAUUCGAUACUAAACCCUCUGCUCAAAUGGGAAGACUUCGUACAGGAAGGUUGGCGGCUUGAGAACAGGGACUUGGAAGACAAGACGAGCGAGAUCGUGUUUAAGGGCGUCGUGUACAACGAGAUGAAGGGACAGAUCUCGAACGCAGACUACUUCUUCUGGUCGCAGUUCCAACAGGCACUGUACCCGGACCUGAAUAACUCCGGUGGGGACCCUCAGAAGAUUACCGACCUUACGUACGAGGACCUUGUGAAGUUUCACAGGAACAAUUACCAUGCAUCGAAUGCAAGGACGUUCACUUACGGGGAUUUCCCAUUGGAGGACACUCUGAAGAGACUGAACAAGGAGUUUGUAGAGUUUGGGAGGAGACAGUCACCUCGAGCUUUGAAACAACUCGACUUUGACAAAGACAUGCACAUUGUUAAACAGGGCCAGUUCGACCCGAUGUUGCCAGAGGAGAAACAAACUAAGACUUCUAUGACGUGGAAGAUUGGGGAUUCGAAAGAUACCUAUGAGACUUUCCUGUGGAGGGUUUUAGGGAACAUCCUGAUGGACGGACAAUCGUCAGUACUGUACCAGCGGCUGAUAGAUACCGGGAUAGGUACGGAGUUCACAGUGAACUGCGGAGUGGAUACACUUCUAGAUACAAAUGUGCUGACGGUUGGUGUUACUGGGGUUUCCGACGUGGACGCGUUCCGGGCUUGCGUUAAUGAUGUGUUCCAAAAGGUCGCCGUGGCACCCAUCGAAGAAAUGAAGGUGAACGCUAUCAUUCAACAGCUGGAACUGAGUAAGAAGGAUCACAAACCGGAUUUUGGGUUGCAGUUGUUGUACUCGAUCCUACCCGGGUGGACAAACUCGAUGGAUCCCUUCGAAGCUUUGAAGUUUGAGGAAUUGAUCCAUAGGUUCAGAGAGGAUUUUGCCACAAGGGGAAGCGCUUUGUUCCAUGAUCUGGUUAAGAAAUGGAUCUUGGACAAACCGAUCUUCCACUUCUCAAUGGUCGGGUCUAAAGAACUGGCGAAAGAACUGGAAGAGGAGGAGCAAGCGAGACUGAAGAACAAAGUGGCCAAACUGGACACACAAGACCGUCAGAUUAUUUACGACAGAGGAUUACUCCUUAGGGACAAGCAAGCGAAGAAAGAGAAUCUCUCAUGCCUGCCAACUUUGCAAACGAGCGAUAUCUCAAGAGAGGCUGUGUACUACCCUGUUGAGAUGCUCAACGAUCAGACAAUGGUCCGUAUCACAGACACAAACGGAAUCACGUACAUGAGGGGCAAAAUAGAGAUGAACGAUCUUAUCCCGCAUGAUCUGUACGCGUACCUACCCCUGUUUGCCGAUUCUUUAACUAGUCUCGGCACCAAGACCAAACCGUUCAAGGACAUUGAGGACGAAAUUAAAUUGAACACGGGCGGGAUCUCCUCACACAGCAGUGUUACAACGGAUCCGCUGACUUUACAACCAAGACUCAACCUCGGGUUCGACGGUUGGUGCCUCAACCACAAAGGGGGUAAGGUGGUAGACCUGUGGGACCAGCUGAUCUUGAACACAGAUUUCAACGCGAACAAAAACGUGUUGAAGGUGCUGAUCAAGAUCCUUGCCUCCUCCGCGGUUUCUUCUGUCACGGAGGCUGGUCACUCCUUUGCUAGAGGAUAUGCCACGGCACACUUCAGCAAGACCAAAGCGAUCGCUGAAACUCUGGGUGGGAUCGAACAGUUGAAGUUCGUCAUGCAACUGAACUCGUACUUGGAGGACGAGUCGCUGUUCCAGACUAUGGUAGUGGACAAACUGGUCCAAUUGCAACUGAUAAUGAUGAACUGUAAGGACAGGCUCAGAUUCUUUGUCACAACGGAUACAACGAACCAAGCGGAGGCUAUCACGGGACAACUGGCGACCUUCAGAGACAAAUUCCUCUCCUCUUCCAAUGAGUCGUUCACCACGGGGGACUACCCAUUACUGUCCGGCACGAAACCGACUCUUCUAAACUUCCCCUUCCAAACGCACUACACGGCUUACUGCGAGAACACAAACAUUCCAUACGUGCACGCAGACACUGCACCUUUACAGAUCCUCUCGUCAAUCUUGACCUCAAAGCACCUGCACAAGGAGAUCCGCGAGAGCGGUGGUGCGUACGGCGGCGGUGCUGGCUACGACUCGCUCGUCGGGUCCUUCAACUACUACAGUUACAGAGACCCAACGCCGCUGCGGUCGCUACAGGUAUUCCACCGCACGUUCGACAUUGAGGCCGCGGACGUCACGAACGGCAAGUUGCGGUUGUUCCAGGACAUCGACGCGCCGAUCAGCCGUCGCGGGGAGGCCGUUUGGAACUUCGAGAACGGUAUAACGCACAAGAUGCGGCAAGAGCGCAGGGAGAGGUUCUUGGACACAACUUCGCAGGACGUCGAGCGCGUCAGGGACAAGUACCUGAAGCGGCAACCAGGGUACGGAGUCGUAGUCGGGGCGCCCAUCCCGGGCAAAACGGAUCCUCCAGCGUGGGACACCGUGACGCUGUCUGCGUCGUGA